AUGGCCGCCCAGAACUCAGCAGGCAUCCAAACACUGCUCGAUGCAGAGCGGGAGGCGCAGAAGAUUGUACAGAAAGACCGCACGAAGCGAGUAAAGGACGCCCGAUCAGAAGCCCAAAAGGAGAUCGAGGAAUACAGGAAUAAGAAGGAAGAGGAGUUCAAGGCAUACGAGUCGAAGCACACUUCAGGAAACAAGAAGGCCGAGGAGGAAGCCGAGAAGGAUACGCAAGAGAAGCUGAAGGAAAUCAAGCAGAUCGGGCAGAAGAUCGGGCCCAAAGUCGUCGAGGACUUAUUGAAGGCAGUCAUGGAUGUGCGGCCCGAGGUCCCAAAUCGCUUUGAUCAGCCUGUCGCAUAG